AUGGCUCAUAUAAUAGGGCCGGAUAGUCCACCCCUCGCUGUGCUCCCACUUCACCCAGGUGUGAAACUCCAUGAAGAGCCAAACCCUUUUGAGCAAAGUUUUUCGAGUGUAGCAGACGACAAGAACAGCCAAUCAAUUCCUACACCGGCGUCCUCAGUAGAAGAACAGGAGGCUAAAGCGGUUUCUGAGAAAGUGGCAUGGGAUUCUGUGCAUGGCGAGACCAUGUCCAUGGGCAUGUUAACUCGAUCGAGAGAAUCCAUUCAGUACGACGACAACAGCCUCAGUAAUACUACCAAUAUGGGAGCAGCACCGUAUGAGACAGUCAGCUUUACAGAGCCGACGACCUUAUCUUACAGUCAAGCCAAUGCGACACAAAUGGUUGGGUCUGUGCCUGCAGUAAAUAAUAAUGAUCCAGCGUCAAUUACCAUGACGGACGGAACGGAUUCGGUCAAACCCAAAUCAACAAAGACGAGAAAGUCCGCACGUCGAAAAGCAAAAAAGGAAUAUGAAGACAAGGAUGAACCAGUGCCCGAUGCCAAAAGGCCACGAAAGGAAUCGAGUGAGGAAGAAGAGAAGCGAAAGAACUUUUUAGAAAGAAAUCGAUUGGCCGCUUUGAAAUGCCGCCAACGUAAAAAGCAGUGGUUGAACGAUCUUCAGGUCAAGGUCGAUUAUCUUACCAAUGACAACGAACGAUUACAGAUGCAAGCCACCGCUUUGAGAGAAGAAAUUAUGAAUCUAAAAACCUUGUUGCUGGCUCACAAGAACUGUCCCGUGGCUCAAGCCAAUGGAUUUGAUCCAUCGGCCAUCCCAAAGACAAUGCCGCCUAUGGUUGCUCCACCCCAAGUCGUCUAUCCUUAUAAUACACAGGCCCCUCCUAAUGAAGCUUCCAUGCGAUCCUUACACGUUACCGAUUCUUACGUAUCCCCUCCACAAUCCAUGCCACCCGUGGUUCAUUCUUCCCAGCCACUUCCUCCUGCAUCUCAACCGCCAUCUUACCCUCAGACGUCAUCGUAUCCACAGGAUGUCACGGCACCUUCCUCACACGUUUAUGCAGGCGUCUUACGAUUCUAA